AACACCUUUGAUUUAUUUAUUCACCUUGCGCUCAGCUCGAUGAUUCGUGAUACUCAAUAAGAAGUUGCAGCAUAUCAACGGGUAAAAAUAUCAGUGGAAAUCAUGGCAACCAACUCAAUUUUUCCAUGCAGACGUGGGCGCGUUACCAGACGACUCAUCUCUCAACCAAGAAUCCACUAAAUGAAAGUUGUAAUUCAUGCUUCAAUAGUGCUAUCAAAACUAGAACUACAUAGCUGAGUCUGGUUUCUCUCAGUGUAUGAUCUUGAAAUGGAAGGAAAGACAUUUACAGAGAAAACAGAAGACGCCGCUAAAGUUCCACUUUUACCAAAGACGUCUUGUGAUGUUUUUUGCUUUCUUGGGUUUGCAGUAACGACGUAUGUCUUUUAUACCGCAAUUCUGAUUUCUUCCCAAGACAUUCUAGCGUCUACAAAUAUCGCCACAACUUCAAUUAUCAUGUGUUUCAACACACCUUAUUUCGCAAUGACUUUAAUAUUGCCUUACUAUAUCGAUAAAUUAUCACUUAUGAACAAAGCUGUUGCUUCAGCUUUAUUUUUUGGCGCUGGAGUUCUGAUUAUUACACUUAUUCCAACUCCUGCGCUUCGGCUGCUUGGAGUUGUUGUAGCAUCCUUUGGCAUGGGGACUGCAGAAAUUGGCUUUCUCUCUGCAACUUCACUUCAUCAAGACUUCACAAUUCAUUCGUUUACAUGUGGCACUGGUUUGGGGGCUACGAUCAGUACUUUGUACAUGUCAGGUAUGACAACAAUCGCGUGCAUCAAGCCAUCCAUUGCGUUGCAAAUUCUCUUGGUAUUGCUGCCAAUCUAUCCUCUCCUUGCCUGGCACYUAAAAAGAACGUCUAACCUACCAAAUAAGGAACUGACAACGUCAAAGGGUACCCAUGUUGAAUUUACCCCACUGACUGAACAAGAUUCAAAUUCAGAGGUUGUCGACCAACACUUAACAUUGAAGGAAAAGUUUUCAGCUGUUCUAGAAAACCUUCACCUCGCUGUUCCUUUGUUCAUUGGGGAGGUUUCAGACUUCCUAAUAACAAAUGCUGUUAUCACAACUAUUGCCUUCGAGAAUUCUCCAUUUGACCCUAGAGACCAUUUCCUAUAUUACCAGUUAACAUUCUGGGCAGCCGAGUUCAUAGGUCGAUCGUAUGGUCUUGUUAUAUUAUGGUUCAAGCCAUCUUGCACAGUGGUGACCAACAAAACGUGGAUCUUCAGUGCAAUCAUUACUGCCAAUUUAUUAUUGCUGACUUGUGCAAGUUGGUACCGAUUUCUUCCAAAUUUCUACGUUGCAGCAACAUUGGUUGCAAUCACUGGGGCAACUCAGGGAGCGCUCUAUUUGAAUACGUUUGCAGUGGCGGGAAAAGAUAAACGACCACGCCAUAGGGAAUUUUCCCAGGCUUUUCUUACUUCUGCUUUAGUGGGAGGAGUCGUUGCUGCUGCUCUGAUGGGCUUUUAUAUCGAACCAAAGCUUAAAGAACAUUGUAUGCAGAUUCUGGCACCGCAUGAUACGCUGUGCUUUACUCGUUUAACGCAUGGACARUGGAAUACAACCUUGUCUUGCAUAGCUCGUUAGGCCGAACUCAAUCUGUUGUAAAUAGCACAAACAUGACAGUGUACAUUUUUGCCUAUGUGUUAAAAUUUUCAGUCGUUUUAGGUACAAGUAUAGUAUUAACUAACUAAAGAGUAUUAACUAAAGUAUUGUAGUAAACCAAAUAGCUAAGUCAGUGUCUUGCAGUUUGAGAGGGUUUUUCCGAAAGCGYAUUUGCCGUGSCGUUGAAARGGUAAACGUGAGUAAUUAGGUUACGCGAAUAUUCAAUGAAUGCUCAAAUACGUUCAAACUAUAAUCCGCAUAACAAUAUGUACAGACAACAAUUAGCUCAUUCAGCCGUUUCAGCAGCAUUUACUUUAUCGAAUUUGGAUAGAUGACAUCUAUUCAUCUUCAUCUUCUGCUGAUAUCGAUCAUAUUCAACAUCUAUACAUAGGUGUGUAGAAAAUCAAAGAAAACUAUUUUGUCCUCAAUCCUCACGACUAGAAUUUACCAGGCCACC